AUGCGUAAGAUUCAAAUUUGGACAGAUGGAUCAUCAUUUAACAAUGGUACCAAAAAAGCUCAAGCAGGUAUCAGAGUUUUCUGGAAAGAUAAUCAUCCUAAUAAUUUGAGUGAAAGAUUACCAGGAUCAGAACAAACUAAUAAUCGUGCGGAAAUAUAUGCUAUAAUUCAUGCUCUUGAAAUUUGUGAAAAUAAAACAAAACCUUUAGAAAUAAUGACAGAUA